AUGAUACUAGGCUACUUAGGCUGUGAGUGCCGCAAUACAGGCAUAUUAGAACCGCCAGAUGCCCAGUUUCGCUUUCAUCAACAAAAAAGCGACCAGCCAUCUUGGUACUCGUUGAAACUACAGCCGCUUGUCUCCCUUUGCCUGGUGUCUAAGCGUUUAUGCAACGCCAUUCAACCCAUUUUAUACCAUGAAUUUAUGCUUGGCUACGGUGAUUCGUGGAACUCCGAGCUUUAUACGUGGGAUGGCCGGCUUCUUUCGUUCUUGCGAACAGUCGCUCAGCGGCGAGACCUGGCUGGAUUCGUGAAGCGGAUUCAUAUAGCGCCGCAUCUCCUCCAAGCCUCUUACGAAGCCUUGGAGAACAAGCGAAAAGAACGGGAAGCUCGCGGCCCGACGCCAGAUGACAACGGUCUCCUGAUGCCCCCUGAAAUUGAGCUUGAUCGUGCCUUCCUCGAAGCCAGGAAUGGUCGGUUAACGCUAACGUUGAGGCGUUCCAUCCUGGAGGAUGAGGCUGUCGACACUCUCCGCGAGGUUGGGGCUGCAUUAAACAUCAAACGCCCCGGACGACUAUCAGCGAAACACUUGAUUAUUCUUUUGCUUGCAGCGCUACCAAACCUGGAAUAUUGCAGCCUUUUCUUUGGUCCAGAUUCACACAAAAUGGCUCUUCACUCUAAAACCCUCUCGGCUGCGGGAAUCUCACAACUGCCGGUGAGAACUAUAAAUCUUUCGGUGCUGCGCCAUGCUGAGAGACGUUUCGAUCUUUCCAGCAAUGCCCGAGAUCUCCUGAAAUUUUCCCCCUGUCUUGAGACGCUUAACCUCCAUAAGUGCUAUUGGACUCGCGAACGGGCUGCAUUCCCUUCUCUGCCCCGUCUGAAGCAUAUUCGAAUCACGUCUAGUCGUCUUAACGAGAAAGGCCUUGAAAAAAUACUUGACUCUUCCAACAGUUUACGAAGCUUUACGUACGAGGCAGGCCUCCACUUUGGCGAUUAUGGAGAAGAUAGGAGAUGGGACUGCAGUGAUCAUUUCGAGCUCCGCAAUGCUGCGAGAUAUCUCACCCGCUACAGCAAAACACUCGAAUCGCUGCAUAUCGAUCUCCGAUACCGGGGUGGGGAACCAGCCACCCCGAGCACAUUCAGCUUUCGAGAGCUUACUGCCCUGAAACACCUCUUCUUGAAUCUGGACGAAUUCCACAGCCGGUUCUUCGACCACCGUUGGACGGAUGAAUCUCAGCUCUUAGUCCAAAUUCUCCCCGCCAGCCUAACCUCCCUACACCUUGCCGGGCGUAUUGAUAAGGACCUCCCGCGGCUGGAACAGGGCCUGCUUGGUCUUGGUGAGGCCGCCCUCAAAGGACAGUUUCAGGACCUGAUGGAGGUGAGAUGGGACAGAAAAGCCAAACUGAAUGCUGAAGUUGCUGUGAGAUCUCUGUUUGCCGACGCCGGGCUUGACUUCGCAUACGACAGCUGGCCAGGAACCAGGCUGUCCUUCGGAGAGGGAUACACUAUACCACCAGCGAGUUUUUAUAAUCCAUCUUACGCACUGCCGAGCAGUGAGGAUGAGGACCUCUGA